AUGGGUUGUUGCUACUCUUUGUCUUCCAAGGAAGAUCGUCAGGCCCACCAUAACAACAGAGGAGUAGAUCCGCCAUUAACAAAGUUCUCUUUCUCCGAUCUCAACAUUGCCACCGAAAAUUUUAGUUCCAAAAACAUUGUUUCAGAGAGCAAAGAGGAAUCUUCCGAUAUUGUCUACAAGGGGCAUUUGCAAAACCGUGGCUUGAUCGCUGUUAAGAAAUUUAAGAACAUGGCUUGGCCUGAUCCAAACCAAUUUGUGGAGGAGGCACAGAGAGUGGGGAAGUUGAGGCACAAAAGAUUCGUUCAUUUGAUUGGAUAUUGCUGUGAUGGAGAUGAAAGGCUUCUUGUUUCAGAUUACUUACCAAAUGAUACUCUUGCUAAGCGUUUGUUUCAUCGGAAAUAUCAAACCAUGGAAUGGGAAAUGAGACUGAGAGUAGCUUAUUGUGUAGCUGAAGCAUUGGAUUAUUGUAGUAGUGCAGGUUUUGCAUCGUACAAUAACUUAAGUGCAUACACGGUUCUGUUUGAUGAGGAUGGUGAUGCCUGUCUUUCUUGUUUUGGCUUGAUGAAGGAGAACAAUGAUGAUCAAAGAACAACCAGUAGUGUGAACCCUGAAAGUGUGAUGUUCAGAUUUGGUACUGUCCUUGUGGAUUUGCUAAGUGGAAAGCAAAUUCCUCCAAACCAUGCUCUUGAGAUGAUACAUGAAAAGAAUGUUACUGAGUUGAUUGAUCCGAACUUGAAAGGAAACUUCUCUGGAGUCGAAGCUACCAUAGUGUUCAAACUCGCCUCUCAAUGUUUGCAGUACGAGGAUGUAGAGAGUCUCAACACAAAAGACAUUGUUACAACACUUGAAACCUUGCAAACUAAAACAAAAGCCCCAUCUUAUGGAAUGUCUGAAAUAGCAAAGCUUAAGGAAGUAUCUUGGAGUCAACUUUCGCCACUAGGAGAGGCCUGUUUGAGAAUGGACCUCACAGCUAUUCAUAAGUUCUUGGUGAUGGCAGAAUAUGAAGAUGACAUGGAAGUCAUCGAGUUCUCUUUCGAAGAAUGGUUACAAGAGGUAAAAGAUCUUCAAGAGGUUCGAAGACGUGGUGAUCAAGCCUUCCUAGAGCAAGACUUCGAAAAUGCCAUUGACUGUUAUUCACAGUUUAUUGAAGAUAGAAGAAUAGUGUUUCCAAGUGUUUAUGCGAGACGUAGUCUAUGCUAUUUGUUCUGCAGUCAACCAGAGAGAGCACUUCAUGAUGGGAUGCUUGCACAAGAAGUAUUCCCUGAUUGGCCAACCGCCUUCUACUUGCAGUCUCUGGCACUAUCCAAAUUAAAUAUGAUCACUGAUUCUGUUGAUACUUUGAAAGAAGCAGCGCUUCUUGAAACAAAGAGACAUCAUCAUGAGGAAGGAUCUUGA